GCACUUCGGUAGACGUAUCGAAGACAGUUUUGACAUCAAUUAGGGGUUUCGUUUAAAAUGGCUGCGUCUCCCGGACUACACACAGUCUACAGCUGACUUCAUCAGUGCAACUUACUUUUACAGUAAAAUAAAAUAAAUAUCUCAAAAUGCAUAAAUCUAUGUUGUUCGCUCUUGCCUUCGUCGCCGUGGCGUUGGCUGCGCCCCAGGAUAACCAAGUCUACAUCUUGAAGCAAGAAGCUGACGUCAACCCGGAGGGAUACCAAUUCCAGUUCGAAACGAGCGACGGCACAGCCCGCCAAGAGCAGGGCACCUUGAAACAGUUCUCGGAAGACCACAAGGCAAUCCAAGUCCAGGGCAGCUACAAAUACGUCGCCCCUGACGGCGUGACCUACACCAUCACCUACACCGCCGACGAGCACGGCUUCCAGCCCCAGGAGCACGUCGAGCAUCAGGACGGACAGCAGAACCAACAACAACAGUACCAGCAAUAAUUCCAUCCUUUUCUUGAAGGUACGAAAGAGCUGAGGUAUUAUGUUUACGUUUAUUGCUGACAACACACGACGCGCGGUUUAAUUGUUCAGUAUUUUUUGUGUAUCGUGAGUAUUUAACGGUAAACGUGUGUGGCAGUUAAGUUGCUUUUCUGUUAGAGAAGUGCAAUAUGGAAUUCAUUGUAAGUAUGCAAAAUAUUAAAAAUCAACAUUUCCCUUGCAAAUUACCUAUAUAUCGCACAACUUUAAUAGAAACGCAGCCUUAUCAAGCUAUUGACCAAAGAGAUUUAACGUGGUAUAUGGUAUACGUAUGCAAGGCACCUUAGAACUUUUCCGUCCGGCCUGAAACUACCACGCUAACACAUGCAGUAUCUUGAAUUAUGUGCGUGAAAUUAUCCCUUUCCCCCCUUCCUAUUCCUUUCCUUAUAUCGGCUCAAUUUACUUGUUCAGUGAUAUAGCUGAUUUUCCUUACUCAUAUUUUCCAUUCCCUUUCUAAUACCCAAAACAAAAGGCCGGCAGCAAGUCGACAAUAUAACUGCAACACAAUCCUAAACUGUUGUUUACGACCCUUUGUCAAAAUAAUAUGUGUAAAUUGUUUAAAUACCAGGUUUAGAAGUACUUUUUGAUACAAAAUAAUAUUAUGCCACGAUAAAACCAUGUUGAAAACGAAAACAGUAAAUAGUAAUAUGUUAAGCGUACCUUCAGGCUCUAUAAGGAAAAGUUAAAUUCAAUGUUUGUAUUCGUGCAAACAUUAGCACAAUUAUUGAGUCAUCUAUUUUUUGUGUAGGUUUUACUACACGCAACAUGUGAGCUAUGUCAAUAUAAGUUACAUCAAUGGAUAUUUUAAGUUGAUUACAUUCGAAACUGUCUAGACUGUGAUUACGUUGAAUUGAAAGGUGUGAAAGGUCAGAAAUAGAAAGUAUUGAAUGUUGCGUUCAAUGUUAUAUUAAUGGCACUUAAAAUGUGAUUACACUGUCAGUCCACGAUGUAACUUUGUUAUUUCUUAAUGGCUUUUUUAUGUUUUUAUACAAUUUGUAUAUUUUUUACAAAUAAACGUUUUUCUUGUUAUAAUA